GAUAGGAAGAAGCGGCCGCGCGAUUCCUGAGAGCGAGCGCCGGCUGAGCGAAGGCUGGAGCCGACAGGUGAAACGGGGGAGGAUACGAGCCACGGAAAGGUCGCCGAAGGAGUGACACAGCUCAUUACGCUUGUCCCAGCAAUUAAACGUGAAAACAAUAAGCAGACAUGCCUUCAAACCCGCUGCCAACAGCCGAGCAGGUCGCUGUGACAGAGCGAAACAACCGGUGCCGCUUGGUGCGGACAGGGAGUUAGUGUGACGUCAGAGCCGCCGGUGCUGCGCUGACUUCUCAGAAUAGACUUCUAGGAAACGGUAAAUUUUAAAAGGGAAGCCUUUACACUCAGUCCUUCACACAUUUCAGUUGCAGCCCGGUGACAACACACUCCAAACAGCCGCAACAUAGAUUUCUACUUAAAUUAACGCCGUUACCCUUUUUUUUUGACCGUACGAGGUGUUUUCAGUGUCCUUAUAUAAACUACAGGACCAGAGCUUGUUUGGACACGCGGGACCCUUUGUGUCCUUAUAUCGCCUAAAAUAGGUCUAUUCAUCUCAGCCUGAUGUUAAAGCUUAUUUUUUGUAGAGGUGAAUUUUCUUGAUGUUUUCGUUGUUUUCUGAAGAAGUACCGACUGGAUUUUAGCGCACGGGAGUCAAGAAAUAGCAUGAUUCUUUGUGUUCCAGGUCCUAGAGCUCUUUUGCCCGGUGCUCCGUCCACUGAAGCCCCACGGGGCAUGCGGGCGGGAAAUGUAGCUCCAACCUCUUGCCUUCAAAGUUCCCCUCCACCAUGGGACCCCACAAAGGACCUAAGGGUGAUUGCCAGCAACUUUUGCUACCUAGAAAAUUCAGGAUGGUACUGGGGAGCUGUAACUGCAGCUCAGGCACACGCUGCACUUCAAGAGGCAUCUGAAGGAGCUUUUCUGGUACGAGACAGCAGUCACCCUCUGUACAUGCUGACCCUCUCGGUCAGGACUGCACGCGGUCCCACCAGUAUACGGAUCCAAUACAGUGGCGCCCAGUUUUUGCUCGACUCCAGUUCCCCGGCCCGUCCCAGUCUGUCGUCCUUCCCCAACGUGCCUAGCCUGGUGCAGCACUACAUGGGACCAGAGGGGAAAAAAAAGGAGGGGAAGGUUGAGGAGGAGGCUCCUUCAAAACCCUCUCAGCAGACAAUUCUGGAGACGUCGGUGCUAUUAAAACUGAAGAGGGCUGUGUACAAGCCCCAAGGCCUCCCCUCCUUACAGCACCUCACACGCCUCGUCAUUAACAGACAUUCUGAGUGCUCUGACCAGCUACCACUCCCGAGGCCUCUGCUGCGCUACAUACAGGACUAUCCCUUCAAGGUAUGAGGGGUCCCUUAAUAAGACCA